AGAAGACGGAGGGCACAUGGUCUGUUUUGUUUACCGUGUGAAUGUUUAAAAAUUCCUUCGGUCCAGCUUAAACAAGUUCAUGAACAAGUGGUUAAGUGCUGCGGAAGAAACAUUCACAGAGUUUAACGAAGUAACCGUCGAGUCGGAGGAAGAGAUGGACGAUCAGCGCAGACUGCUGGCUUUUUUCCGGACUCCCCAGAUAAUCUUACACCGAAUAGAUCGCCAACGACAUAACGUUUAUAAGAAGCUAUGUGACCUAGAGAGGAGCUCCACUCUGGACCAGGAGGAGUUAGAACCUCUGCAGGGGAAACAAGUUCAGGAAGAGCCAGAUGAUCAACAGAGAAAAGAAGAGCAGGAGGAUCUAAAACAUCAGCAGAAAAAAGUGGAAAAGAAAGAAGUUUACUGCAGUCAGAGUGAAGAACAGGUUGCAUCAAAACAGGAGACUGAUACCUGCAUGGGGGCUACUGUUUAUGAGCAAACACAAGACUCUGAAUCAGAACCAAACGGGAACCAAGCAAACUUCCAGGAAGCUGCUGCAGCUGAGAAGAAAAAUCAGGAAAGAAGCAAACCUUUCUCAUGUGUCAUCUGUGAAAAACGUUUCACUGCCAAAUAUGCUCUCAAUGAUCAUAUUAGAAUUCACACUGGUGAAAAGCCGUUUCCAUGUGGGAACUGUGGAAAAAGUUUUAUUCGAAAACAGAAUUUAACUCAGCACAUGAUGAUUCACACCGGUGAAAAGCCGUUUCCAUGUGGGAACUGUGGAAAAGGUUUUAGUCGAAAACAGGAUUUAACUAAGCACAUGAUGAUUCACACCGGUGAAAAGCCGUUUUCAUGUGGGAACUGUGGAAAAAGUUUUAGUCAAAAACAGAAUUUAACUGAGCACAUGAUGAUUCACACUGGUGAAAAGCCGUUUCCAUGUGGGAACUGUGGAAAAGGUUUUAGUCGAAAACAGGAUUUAACUAAGCACAUGAUGAUUCACACCGGUGAAAAGCCGUUUUCAUGUGGGAACUGUGGAAAAAGUUUUAGUCAAAAACAGAAUUUAACUGAGCACAUGAUGAUUCACACUGGUGAAAAGCCGUUUCCAUGUGGGAACUGUGGAAAAAGUUUUAGUCGAAAACAGGAUUUAACUGAGCACAUGAUGAUUCACACUGGUGAAAAGCCGUUUCUAUGUGGGAACUGUGGAAAAAGUUUUAGUAAAAAACAGAAUUUAACUAAGCACAUGAUGAUUCACACUGGUGAAAAGCCGUUUCCAUGUGGGAACUGUGGAAAAAGUUUUAGUCGAAAACAGAAUUUAACUCAGCACAUGAUGAUUCACACUGGUGAAAAGCCGUUUCUAUGUGGGAACUGUGGAAAAAGUUUUAGUAAAAAACAGAAUUUAACUAAGCACAUGAUGAUUCACACUGGUGAAAAGCCGUUUCCAUGUGGGAACUGUGGAAAAAGUUUUAGUCGAAAACAGAAUUUAACUCAGCACAUGAUGAUUCACACUGGUGAAAAGCCGUUUCUAUGUGGGAACUGUGGAAAAAGUUUUAGUCAAAAACAGAAUUUAACUCAGCACAUGAUGAUUCACACUGGUGAAAAGUCGUUUCUAUGUGGGAACUGUGGACAAAGUUUUAGUCGAAAGCUGAAUUUAACUCAGCACAUGAUGAUUCACACUGGUGAAAAGCCGUUUUCAUGUGGGAACUGUGGAAAAAGUUUUAGUCGAAAGCUGAAUUUAACUCAGCACAUGAUGAUUCACACAGGUGAAAAGCCGUAGAACUAUUUUCCAUAUUUGUCCUAUGUUGAGGUUCAUUAUAACAGUCAUUUAGAUGAAAACUGGAGGGCUUUCUUGUUUAUAAAGUGGGAAAAUGGUUUAAGUUUCUAAUUUGUAAAAUGUGAUAAUUUGGAUCUUGGCAUUUGGAUACUUAGAGAUGUACAAUAUGAAUUUGAAGUAUUGAUUUGCAUUAUUCUGUAUGGAAAGAAUGAGUGGGGUGAAUGAGGUUUACUUUAAUAAAUUUUUAAUCCAAAAGAAAAUGUGCUGUUGUGCAUUCUUUGUAGAUUUUCAUUACGGUAAUUGUUUUGCACUUUGAAAUUUACUGUAUUAAAAAAAAUCUUUGAUAGGUUUGUCUUUAAAGCAAAACUAGACUGAAACUGAUGCUGUUAUUUGUUUCAAAUUAUAUUAACCAGUCUAUAUAAAAGCUUUUCAAAUAAAUUAAUAUGUCCUUUUGCUUAGAAAAUGCAAUAUACAUAUUUUCCUUCAUUGAUUGUGCUUGAUUGUACAAAGUAUGUGUGAUUAUUCUCUCCAAUAAUUUGGUGUGUAGCUUGUCGUAGUUGUAUAAUUUUUCUAUUUUCUGCUGUGGCUGUUUUCUAUUAAAGAUCACUAUCUUUUUUUAAA